AUGGCCGGUGCCGGCUAUGGUGAGCUGCCAAAGCCCGAGGACGAAGAGAAGCUGGUUUUCAGCCAGCCGCGAGCUCGUGCUCAGCGCGGCCCGCUGUACAGCCGGACCUGGAACAGAAGCAGGGAGGACUUGGAGACUGCCGUGAUGCAGCUCUAUGGUUUGGACAGCAGGACAAAUCACGCUCUCAUUCUCCCUUCUGGCAUGGGUGCCAUUGGGGCGUUGAUUUCCUCUGUUGCUGCUGGCCUGGCUGGCGAAACCUGGACCCUGGUCCAUGGGGACGAGCUGUACUGCGAGGUCGCCCGGACAGUGCGGUACGUCGCUGAGGCUCAGAGCAAAAAGAUGUCCACCUGCGCGGUUGACAUCCGGGACCACUCGAGGAUCCGAAGCUUGUUUGCUGAAAAGGGUGCUGCCAUUCGACUCUUUCACUUCGAGGCAUGUACCAACCCCAGCGGGCAGCUUAUGGACUUUGCCUUCCUGAAAGAGCUGCGACAUUUGGCACCCCACUGUAUCUUCGCAUGUGACAACACGUGGCUUUCUGGUGCUCUUUUCAACCCCUUCGAGCACGGUGCCGACAUCGUUCUGGAGAGUAUGACGAAGUACGUAUCAGCUGGCCGAUGCAUUGGCGGCUUCGUGGCCGGCGCAAGCUCCUUGAUGGCUCCGGUUCUCUCCUGGAUCAAAGCCUUUGGCGUAUUCAUAGGUGCUGACCAUUGUGAGAUCUUUUCGCAAGGCUUGCGGACGAUGAGCACGAGGAUGACGGCCACAUCAGCCACGGCAGAAGCUCUUGCUGCGUACCUGGAAGCUCAUCCAGCUGUCAACCGGGUCAUGUAUCCAAUGCUCUCGUCGCACCCGACGUACGCGCUCGCCCGGCUCUACUUGACUCGUGGAGGUCCUGGCUGCAUCUGGUUUCAUGUCAGUGCAAGCAAGAAGACCGUCAUGAGUGUGCUGACCCACAGUGGCGGUCCGGGCUGUCGUGGUCCGGAAUGCAAGACUUCCUUCGGUGCCGCCUCCUCCCGUGUCGAUCCUUGGCCGCUGCCUGCACCAGCAGAUGCUUGCGAUUGGCCACGCGCAGCUCAGGGGCUGCCGGGGACUUGGAUCCGCCUGGCAGUUGGCCACGCAGAAGCCUUGGAGAAGACUAAGACUGCCGUGGAAGUCCUGCUCACCCAGCUAUGUCCAUCGGCCACCGCGGCAUCCACAGCUGCGACACCAACCUCGAAGGAGGUGGGAAUUUUUGUUAAGACUCCUGGCUGCGAACGCGCGCCUGUCAUUCCAGGAGUAUGGCAUGUAUGGUCAGGCGUCUAG